AUGCAUCAGCCGCUCCUUGCAGACAGCUCCGCACCCAGCCCACCGGCCAAUUCUGAGGCCUCUGGCACUUCCUGGACCUUCGUCAAUGAUCCGCAGAUUCCAAAGCUCCUUGAGAUGAUUGAGGGAUUUGUGAAGGGCGGCUUCCGGGACACAAGGGUCCUCGAAGACAAGCCGGACUUCACGCAAAAGGUCCUGGAAACGCCAUUUCAGCUCAUCCUAACUCACAGCUGCUUGGUGUUGGGUCCGGCCGGUGCCGGCAAGACCACUCUCGUGCAGGCCUUGGGCGGUGAGUGUUUUCAGCCCGCAGUUCAGCCUGGUCCACACCUGAGGAACAGAACUGAGAAAGCGCAAAGCAUCGGGGUCGAUCUUGAAGAUCUCUCAGACAAGCUCAGACUGGAAAUAAUCGACACACCUGGCUGGUGCCCCGAAAAGAGUACGGACAUUCAUGCACAGUACAAGGAGGUGUUGAGGGAGAAGGGGCUGCCCAAAGAGCACGCUCCUCACAUCAUCCUUUUGUGUGUUCCGGUGUCUAUGCUCCGUCAGUUCGACGAGGACAAAGCCAAACAAAUGAGCGAGCAGCUGCACAAGCUCAAGUUUGACCGGCGCUUCACGAUCAAAGUGUUGCCAGUAGCAACCAAAGCAGACACGGAAUCGCGCGACGCAUUGCCAGAUCUGCAGGCCGCCAUCAAGAAGCUGGCAGAGGCCGCCUUCGAGUCCUCCGGGGCCUUCGUCGAUCAGGCGGAGUGGACGAUGUUCGACCCCAAUGAUGCCUCACGAGUCAGGGGACCAAAUCAGGUGAUGUCGUGGAUUCGGAAAGCUUUGCUUCAGCAGCUCCGCUCUGCCGAGUUUACCGGGCUUUGGCGAUUGGCCUUGGCGAAGAGCGUGAAGGAUCACACCAGACAGCACUGUGAAACUUUACCGGCGAACGAUUCGGCACUGCGCUUGUUCAACAGUGCCUGCCGGACAGUGGCGGCUGCUUACGGCCGAGAUCCAGACUUGGAGGCCUGCAAAAGUGUCACUCUUCUACCGGAAGAGCUGCCUUGGUGGGCCCUUCUGGAGAUCCCGGAUUCAGAGGCAAAGACAUGGCAGCUCCCGUAUGAUGCUGCAUUCUGGCUCGGCUUGCGUAAGAGAGUGGGUCCUUGGAGUAUUGCUGCCCUCUUGUUUGUCUUCUCGCUUGUCCUUCUCAUCGCGCCCCUCAUGAGCAUGGACCAGAUGAUGGGCAAGUACAACAAUUCAAACGACCAGUUGGACCGGAUGACUGAAUGCCAGUGGACAGACAAGACAGGGCAGUGCACAGGCCUAGUUUACAUCGGCGCCCCAAACAAAACAGAAUGCAGUGACGUUUGUUGCAGGAUGGGUAAAGACUACUGCAGCACAUGGCAAUAUCGAGAUAGUGAUGGAUGCUGGUUGGGACACCCAUCAGACGAUUGCAGUGGUGACGAUGGUUGGUAUGGGGGCCAGCUUAGCCAGCCGUAG